CGAAAACGAUACUCAGAAUAGAUAAAAACAGAAGAGGUAUAGGUUUCCCUUCUGGUUAUUCUGUGAGCUAAUUUCACACACUUUCAUGUUCGCUCAAUGUGUUAAUCGUUAUUCCUUCCUGUCGGCGUCGUUUUCAUAAGAAAAAAAAAAUAUCAUAAAACUAAGGUUGUCAUAGAUUAGUAAAUAGAGUUUUGACCUUUGUUGUAAUCUCAAAAAUCAAAAACGUGUAAGUGAUCGUCUACCUUUAUGUGAAAUUGUAUUUUAUAGUGUUGUUCGUAAUAGCUGCAUUAUUUACAAACUAAACUGUUUAACAUGCCUACAAAUUGCUUUAAGUACAACAUACCAAUUAAAACAAUGGCGGUUAUGUCUGAACAUUAUAGAAACUUGUAUGGUUUCUUUCAAACGCAAACCCUAUGCGACAUUAUUUUACUAUGUGAUGAUGACGUGCAGAUUUUAGCACAUAAAGUAAUUUUAGCAUCUGCAAGCCCUGUGCUAUUGGCAAUGUUUGACGGUGGCUUUAAAGAAAGCAAAGAAAUUAGUAUUCCUAUUAAGGACAUUGAGUCUGGUAUUUUGAAGUCAAUAAUAACUUGUGCAUAUACUUUUCAGUUGGAUAUCCAGGAAAACAAUAUUGAAAAACUAUUGAAAGCUUCUGAAUACUUCCAAUUUAACUACGCAAAGGAUUAUGUUAUGAUUAUGUUAAAAAAAACAUAUAUGCCAAUAAUUGUGUUAAUUUUAUGAGAUUUGCUGAACCUACAUCACAAAAAGGGCUUAUACAAUUAUAGUUUCCUAUAUUGUUUAGAAAAUUUCAAGACAAUUUUGGAAACUGAAUCGCAAAUAAUAAAAUUGUAUGAAUUAAAUUUAGAAGAUAUUUUUAAGAUCAUAUCAAACGAUCAUUUGAUGGUUGAAUCUGAAAAAAAGAUCUUCAAUUUUAUUAUGAAAUGGAUAAAGUAUGAUAUAGAUGAACGAAGUAAAUAUUUAGCUAAUUUACUGAAUUAUUUGAGGUUACCUUUAAUUUCAAAAAAAGAAUUACAACGGAUAUGCGAUGAACCUUUACUAAACAGCCAAAAAGACUGCUUGAUAUUUAUCAUGAAAAAUUAUUUAUUUGUCGAUGUUGAUGAAAAUAUAAUAAAUGCAACAGUUGGAACAUCUCAACUGUAUAAACCAAAUAUUUUUUUCGCAAUUAAAGGUCAAUCUAAUGGUGAUGAUUCUUGUGUAAAGUAUAUGGAUCUGAGGCACGAAGAUGAUCUAAAUUGGAAAUCAUGUGAUUAUUCAUUUUUUUGUCCACCCCGUGAUAAUGCAACCUUGGUCGUUUCGGAUACUGGAAUAUUACUUGCAUUUGGUGGUUAUAAUAAAUUAGGGGAAUGGAAUAAUUGUAUUGACGAACUCGACCUUACUUCUACAUCAAAAAUGUGGAUACCUACAACUCCUUUGCGAAAAAUACGAAAGCAAUUUGCUGUUAGCACUCAAGGAAAGUUUAUAUAUGUGGUAGGAGGUCAGGAUCCUUUAGGACCAACAUUAAGUUCAAUAGAGUAUUACGACACGGAUUCGAAAGUAUGGGCUGAAAUCGAACAGCCAAUGCCUUACCCCCGGUAUGGAUGCAGUGCUAUAAAUCACGGCUCGUGUUUAUAUGUUUUUGGUGGAUAUUAUAAUAAUGACCGAUUAAGUAGAGUAGAUUGCUAUAAUCUACAAGAAAAACUUUGGAAGCAGUGUAAUUCUAUGCCAACAGUUGCUGAUUCUAUGGGCAUUACAAGUGGAGGAAAUGAUUUGUAUUUAUUUGGCAGUUACCCUUCUGAAAUAUCUGAAUACGCUUAUAAAAUGAACUUAACAGAUUUAACAUGGGAUAAGCUUCCUAAUAUGAACAACAAAAAAGCGUUUGGAAAUGCCGUUACCUUCGAAAAUGAUAUAUUUGUUGUGGGAAAAAAUAGCAUCCGGUGUUUAAGCAAAAAUGAGAAAAGUCCUGACAGUGUCUUCUGUGAAAGAUAUAUUGCUGAAAAAAAAGAAUGGCAAGUGAUUAAUUCAAAAAAUAAAUUAAUCGAUUAUGAUCACAUUAUUUGUCUUAAUGAUGUGAGAUUGAAAACAUUUAAUAUAGAUUUAUAAAAAUUUAAGUAUAAUGUUUUAUGAAAUUUAAAAGUUUAAUUCAAAAAAUAUAUUUUA